CACACUUCCGCUCCUAAACGGAAGUUAUUCUUAUAUUUCGUUCUUUUCUUUUCUUUCACAGCAGUUUGCUACACAGACUGUGCGUGGUCUUUCAAAGCAAACAUCCCACAGGAGGACAUCACUGUUUCCCUCAUGCAGCUUGAAAGGUGACAUCUUGCUGGUUUGAGCACAUAACCUGCACCAUGGGGAAGAGAUACUACUGUGACUACUGUGACCGGUCCUUUCAGGACAACAUGCAUAACAGAAAAAAACAUCUCAACGGUGUUCAGCAUCACAGAGCUAAAAAGGCCUGGUAUGACUUUUUUAGAGACGCUGCAGCCGUUCUGUGUGAUGAGCAAACAAAGAAACCCUGCAGGAAGUUUCUCCAAAAAGGGAUUUGUGAUUUUGGCCCUAACUGCAGGUUUUCUCACAUGUCUGAAGAGGAUCUGUAUAACUUAAAAAGACAGGUUGAAGAUGAAAGACAGCGCAAAGAGGACUUUGUAGACAGAUUGAUGCCCCGGCGAAGUGUAGAAGAAUGGCUCUCCAGAAGGGAAAAGAAGAAGCAAACUGCCCUCAGUAGCAAAGGAGAUCUAAAAAAUAAGGAAGACAGCGAAGAGGUCCAAGAAGAAAGUGACGUACCUCCACAGCUCCUCUCCAUCCGUGACCUUCCACCCUCUCUGCUACCUCCUCCUCCUGGCGGAUGGAAAGUCAGUGUGAACACAGAAUGGGGCUAAAAGAUAUUCACUUUGUGGUUCAAAUCACUGUUAAUUGGAUAUGUGGUAUUAAUAAGAGGAAUGGUACAGAAUACAUAUCUUAUUGAGCCAUGGUGUCGUGUUCGUAUGUCAUUAUGUUGUCAGUUUGAAAUGAGGUUUUCAGAAAAACAGUUUGUUGCCAUUUAUCAUUUUAAAAAUAAGAAUAAAAACAUGUUGUAUGCCGUACAGUA